AUGGCAAGCAACAACAUGUUUCUUCCUUGUCUCGUCUUCUUCCUAGUGGCGACAAUACUUUGUUUCCCCGCAGCUCAUGGGCAGUUGAGGGUAGAUUUCUAUGAUCAUGUCUGCCCCGCAGCACUUCCCAAGAUCAAGGAGAUAGUCCAACAGGCCAUUUCACAAGAUGCCCGUAUUGGAGCUGCACUGCUUCGCGUACACUUCCACGAUUGCUUCGUCAAUGGUUGCGACGGAUCGGUCCUGUUGGAUGACAUCCCGGGGUCCUUCACUGGUGAGAAGACGGCAAGACCUAAUUUCCAGUCCCUUAGGCCUCAGUCUUUCGCCCUCAUAGACCGUAUCAAAGCAGCUGUGGACCAAGUUUGUUAUGGAACUGUUGUUUCAUGUGCCGAUAUAUUGGCUGUUGCAACUCGUGACUCAAUUAACCUCUUGGGAGGGACAUACUAUAAAGUGCCUGUAGGAAGAAGAGAUGCUCGAACCGCCAGCUUGAACGAUGCAAACAACAAUAUACCUUCACCAUUUUCCAACUUCGGCCAACUUCUCCAAAACUUCCAGCAACACGGGCUAACCCUAAAAGACUUAAUCGUCCUCUCCGGAGGUCACACCAUUGGCGUUGCCAGGUGCACCACAUUCAGGAACAGGAUCUACAACGACAACAACAUUGACAAAAACUUCGCUGCCCAUCUGCAAAGGAUUUGCCCUCAGACUUCCGGGGUUGGAGACAACAACACCGCACCAUUAGAUUUCACUUCCACCAAGGUCGAUACCAAUUACUUUAAGAUAUUGCUUGAAAAGAAAGGUCUCCUGCAUUCUGACCAGGAGCUCUUUAAGGGAGACGGGAGCGAAAGCAGCAACUUGGUGCAGUACUUUGCUAAUAACCCGGCUCAGUUUUCCGAAGCAUUUGCAUACUCCAUGAUCAAGAUGGGGAAUUUGAAGCCACUCACCGGUUCCAAUGGAGAGAUAAGGAAGAACUGCAGGAGGGUUAAUAACUAAAACAACUAUUUCACUUCAAUUCGAUUUCGGUGUGCAUGAAUUUCCUUAAUUUCAUAAUAAUUAU